AUUCUCACGCCCAGUUAAACAGAACAGAUUCAAAUUGUACCAUACAUGGAUAGACACAAACACACACCAUUAACACCUUCCUUGUUAGGGUGUAUAGAUUAAAAACCAGGCAUCACCUGAAUCUCAGUCAAUCCUCCAUGAAACCCUAGAAUUUAUAAUCCAAUUUUCUCAAUUCUCAGCCUCUGGGGUUUGUUUUUUCAUAAUUUAUGGUAUAGGAUAGCAUACUUGAUCUCUUCAUUGAUUUCCAUUGGCGGUUUGUAAGUAAAGAAUACACUGGGAGUGGGAAAGUUUGGUGGGUACUAAUCAAGUUGCAGAAUCUGAGAUGUCUAGUCAAGGGAGUUAUAAUCCUCAAUCCGGACAAGGUCCUCAGACGCCUAGGACACCUCCAUUUUUACAGCACCCACCGGCGGCGCUGCCUCCUUUACCCCACAAUUUCCAGCAAGGUCCACUGCUGCCAUCACCUCAAGUUCUACCUCGCCCUGGUCAACCUGGCCUGCCUUUAUAUCAGCAUGGUCCAAUGGUCCCACAUCUUGCAGUUAGGCAAGUUCCACCUGGGUUGCCCAACACAGGUCAACCUUAUUUGCCUCCACCGCCAACAGUUCACGGAAGUGCCUGGUUGCCACAUGUAUAUACAACUGCACCACCAAAUCCACAAGGAUUACAGCAUUCUUCUUAUUUAGCACCUGGACUCCCUCCUCCUCCUCCUCCUCCUCCUGGUUCACAUAAUAUGGAAAUGUUACAGGUCCCAUUGCCUCCUGGAAGUUUACCUCCUACACCUUCCCAUGGCCAAACGUUAUAUAGAGCUCCAAUGCAUCAGCUGCCUCACCAGCCAGUUGCUGUGCAGGGUCUACAGCAAAUUCCACCACCCCCUCCUCUUCCUCCUACUUUUUCAAGUUUUGCUUUAUCUGGGAAUACUUUAGAGGCAACAGUUGGAAACCCGGGAAUGUCUUCCAUGGUUACCACCCCACCGCCGCCUCCUCUGCCACUGCCAUCUUCUUCUCCACCACCAAUUCCACCAUCUUCACCACCUGUCUUUUCCCCAGCUUCAGUAUCUAUGCCUCUUUUUGCUGGUUCCAACGUACCCUGUGGCUCUAAUCCACAUUCUAGAACACUUUCUGGUUAUAAAUCAGGUACUCUUGGUUCUGUUGCCGUAGUCAAACCUCUCAAUGGGGGUCAGCAUAAUAUUCCUGUACACGAUUUUUCUGAGGAUGAUGGAAGUCUAUUUCUGGAAGUUAGAAGUGGCAGCAAGUUAAAUUAUCCUGGGGGAGAUGUUUUCUCAUUGAAUAGAAUUGUGGCAUCUGAUGUUCCUUGUCCACCUAAGCCAGCAGAAGAAAAAAUUGUUCAGAAGAUUGAAGAUUUAUGCCAACUCAUUGCUAAGAAUGGUUCUUCUUAUGAAGAUAUGGCUCGUCUAAAGGAAUCUGGGAAUCCAGAGUUCAAGUUUUUGUUUGGUGGUGAGCCAGGAAGUGAAGCUGCAAUUGCACAUGAGUAUUUUUUGUGGAUGAAGAAGCAGUGUCUUUUGGCAUGUAAAUCAGACAAAAUCCAGCCUGCAAUGUCAACCAAUCAUUUGAUGGUCACAACUGAACCCCAUUCACCCGCUGAUUCUGAUAUGGAGAUGGAAGAUGAUAUAACCAGGUCUGAAGUUGACCAGGCAAUGAAUCAGCCUGUUGAAAGUGCAUCUCAAGCUACUGAUCCUGUAAGCAGCAAGUUUGAUGCAAAAAAGCAGUUGCACACACUAUCAAGUUCAGCAGGAUCUCAAGCAGCCACAAUGGUUUUAUCUGAAAGACAGGGUGAAGAAGGGUCAAAGCUAGUCUCCAGUCGUGAUGAAUUAACAUUUGGGAGGUCAGUUUUCGGAGUUCAAAGCCCAGUCAAAUCUUCUACAUUCUUAGCUGAUGAUAAUAGUUCAUCUAAGGCUGCAGCAGCUGCUGAAUGCAUAUAUUCUGACAGCUAUUCGGGUCAAGUUAUGAAAGGCAGGAGCCCAUUCAGUCUCCUGCAAGACUAUGCUUCUAAUGACAACUCAGAUGAUGAUGAGGAUCCAUGUUUGAAAGAUGCCAAUCCCGAAACAGUUUCACCAUUGGUUGCAGUUGGCACGGAAAAUUUGCAUAGAGACACCAGACUUGAUUUGAAGGGGCAUACUGGAUCUAAGAGUCUCUACAAGACUGAAAGGGGGUUUGGGCUGCUUCCUGAAUCUGGCAUGUCAUAUAAAGCUCCAGACUUUUCCUCAUAUUCACAAAGAGAGGUUAAGGAGACUGUCCCAAUAUCCAUUGAUAGUGGGUUGAGCACCAAACUUAUUGAUGCUAAGUAUGACAACCAAACAUCUGUUAACAAUGCUGCUUCUCACAAUGCUUUCCCAAAAGAAGAUGUCUUGGGAGGUGGAGGGGAAAAUGCUGCUUUUAGUGGUAAAUAUGAGUACAACAAAGAUAAAAAUGAAAAAUCUACUUCAAAUGCGCAGAAAAUAGAUAGGUUUGGAAGACUGGUCAGAGAGGGUGUUACUGACAGUGAUUCUGAUGAUUCGCACCAUGCUCGUAGGCAAAAUAAAAGAGGGAGAAGCCGGAGCCAGUCACCCCUUGAUAGGAGGAGGAGGAAUCGUCCUCGAAGAAGAAGAGAAAAGAGAAGUAGAUCUCGCAGCUGGUCUCCCAGGAAUCAAAGAAGUGGGAGCAGGUCUCCCUCUUCUAGGCAUGCUGGUGAAUUUAGCAGUGGAAAUAGGAGAAGGGAAAAGGGUCAGUUGGCAGUCUGUUUUAACUUUCGUCGAGGCAGGUGCUACCGUGGAGCAUCCUGUCGUUAUAUGCACCAUGAUUCUGAGAAAAGUGAUGGAUCAAAGCGUCAGAGGAGCAAGCAACAAGAAGUGCAACUUCCUCCCAGUUCAAUGAAUUGUAAUACUCAUGAAGGUAACAAGAAACUCUCACUAAAGGUAUCAGAUCAUGGGCAGGAAAUCAUGAACCAGGAAGGGCGGAACAAUCAUGAUACAUCUGCUAGCAGCAUUUGUGCUACAAAAGAUAACACCAUUUUCCAUAACAGAAAAGAUUCUGUUUGUGAUGCGUUAGUUGAUUCCGAAAUAAUAAAAUUCGAUAGUAUUAGAGACUUUGUUGCUGAAGUGCCAAAAACUAGCUUAGUUGAAGAAAGAUCUGAAGAUGGUAAAAAUUGUACGGAUGAAAAUUUUCGGGAAGCAAUGGAAUCUGACCAACCAGUGGUGGUUGAUAUUUUUUCCUCUAAACCAGCAAGUGAUUCUAACAUCCUGAAGUCACAUGUUGAAGCUUCUCAGGAUGUAAUUUCUUCUUUGAAGGAUUCUGUGAUUCAACAAUCUCAAUCUGUUCAGUCAGAUCGAGUGCUUGAAGAUGCUGAUUAUCAAGCCCAACGAACUGAUGAUUCUUCUAUAUCUGAUACAUCACCUGAUAAAACAUCUAGAACUUCUCCAAAGAACCUUCAUUGUAGGGAAACUCUUCCAAAUUCUGCAGAUUCUGUACAUAAUCCUUCCCAGAUACCCACUUUUCAUUUUUCUGCUCCAAAUUCAGAUGCUAAUAAUGCCCCACAUAUGACACAGCUAUCAAGGGAUUACAACUUGAUGCGACGGACUGCGGCAUUUCAAUCUCAAACUGCUCCUUUGGGAAAUUUUCCUUCUAUAAUGUUGCCCAAUCAAAAUUCUCUUUUUUCUCUACCAUUAAAUACGUCAUCUGCCACAUUGCCAACACCACCACCACUAUUGCCGCCACAUGAUCCAUCUGGAAAUGCUGGUUUGCUAUUUCAGCAGAGUUGCUUUGGUUCCCAAAUAUUCUCGAAACCCUACUCAACUGAAUUGUCUAGUAAUUCUCAGGUUGGUGAGUUCCAGCAUCGAGCCUACCCUCCAUUGCAAGAGCCACAUCAACCUUUCUCACAUUUGGAAGAUUUUGGGUUGAAGCCUCCACUUGGAUGCAAUCCAUCCAGUCAACAAUUUGGAGAUUCUGUUCUUUUUGGAGAAGAUCAUUUAAAACAGCUUCCAAUGCAAGCUACAAGUGUUUCAGAUUCCUCCUUUCGGAGCAACAAUUACUUUCAACCUAUGCCCUUUUUACAGGAAGGAUCUGCAACCAAACAAUCUUUUUCUGGUGACAAUUUAACUCCAGGAGAGAUUUUGAAGUCUUUUUCUGAUAUUGAUCCAUACUUACAACAGCGACAGGCACCCUACAAUUUGCAUCAUUCUGUGCCUGAUGGUGUCUAUAGUCUGCCAGGGAAAGUUGGUUGUUCAUCUAGAUAUCCACCAGAACUUCAAGACAGAAAUCAGCCAUCACAUCCUCUUGAUUUUGGAGUAUCAAGAAAUUCAACUCACUUUAAUCCUUAUGCAUCUACUUUUGAGAAGCCACUCAGCUCCAGAUUCAGUUCUGGUGUCUUCAGGCAAGAAAAACACACAAUGUAUGGUGGCAAUCAUGAUUAUCCUUUAGGUUUGAGCCAUUCCUCAGUUGAUGAACAGGGUGUUGGAUCAAGAGAGGCAACUUCACCAACUUCUGCUAUUGGUGUUGGGAAAAUUAUUCCUACGUCAGGUGGUGACCAGUAUGAUCCACUCUUUGACAGCAUUGAGCCAUCUUCAAAAUCACAUAAGAAAUCAGAUCAUACUCAGAAGUGGAAACCCUCUGCUGACGCUAAUAUCAUUUUGAGGCUCAAAGGCUCAAACCAACUAUUGGAUGUGGAAGAGAACAACAAGAAGAAAGAGGUUGGUGGCAUUGUGCUUGCUACAUCUAUUGAUAAUGAGGAAUUUGGUGAGACAGCAGAUUUAGGAGUUGGUGUUGUUGAAAAUGGCAGCCAGAGUAAUCCCAAUGCUUUAACAAACACAAAUAUGGGUGAGGUGGAGAUUGAACAGAUCAAGUCCUCGGGGAAGAGCAAGAAGGGCAAGCAGUCCAGAUCAAAGAAGCUUUUCAAGGCUUGCCUUGCAGAUUUUGUAAAGGAGGUUUUGAAGCCAUCAUGGAGACAGGGUAGCAUGAGCAAGGAAACAUUUAAGACUGUUGUGAAGAAGACCGUUGAUAAAGUGUCAGAAGCAAUGAAGAGCCACCAGAUACCGAAGUCUAAGGCAAAGAUAAAUCGAUACAUUGACUCAUCACAACGGAAAUUAACAAAACUUGUGAUGGGUUAUGUGGAUAAGUAUGCCAAAGGGUAAAAAUACACAUUACCUAUAGUUUUUGUUGAUGAUUUUGACUGGAUGUACUUCCCCUCAUGUUUGGGAAUUCUAUGCCAUUGGAGCUGCAGAGCUUGAUUGAUCUAAUUGCAAACGCAGAGCCGUAAGGAUAGAUGGAAAAUUUUCAGGUGGCAUUAGUAGAUUGCUGGUAUUUGAUGAAACUUUUACCUGCUAGCACAGGAAUAUAUGAAAGCCCAUGACAGUAUGAAUUUAAUGGAGUAUUUCCCAACCUCAGCAAAAGUUCUGAGGGAGCUCCAAAAUGUGUUUGUAAUGUGCAUCCUUAAAUAUAAAUGUUUGCCUUUUAUUUA